AUGGCCCCUCCGUCGAGCGUUGUGCAUUUGCCAAAUGGGCAGACCUUAACUGUCGUCCCUGUCUUUGGCGGCUUCUUUUUCAAAGCGAACGACCUCAACCAUAACGCGAAUGCCUUUUCUGCCGGCUGGACAGUCAUUCUGCAGACAGAGGACUAUUCAGACGAUCACGAAGGAAAUGGACCUGCAAGAAACGUCGAGUUGCGGGGAAUGCCCCCAAGAGACAGCCACCGCCAUAUACACCCUUUCAAAACUCCAACGCUCGCAAACGAUGCCCUCUUCAUCUCCUCCAUAUCAAAUCCUUCGAGCAACGAUUUCAAAGCUGCAGCAAGCCCAACUAGACAGAUUGCUAUGAUGCUGUGGGCAACGCUACACUGGUACUUCCAUCAGACAGAACCCAAAACCCAAGUCCAUACCGAAGCCGCGAAGAACACGCCCGAGGUCGCAAAACCCAGAGGAGAAUGGCGGAUCAAUAUAAAACGUGAAGGCGUAUUUAGAGGCAGGAAUCUGAUACAGAAAUUGGAGCGAAUGGGCCUCAUUACAUCAAAUGAUUCGGCGGUUGGUACAUAUACAGAAGAGAAUACUGCAGAGGGUUGGUCGGAAAUGUACACAUCAAGGAGGACAUACUGGCAACUGUCUGCGAGACUUUUCCUGUUUACAUUGAGUCCAGCACAUGGCGGGUCUUUCGCAGGCUCACCGUACGGCAGUCGCCCCAGUUCACCCGUACGAGGAGAUCAUAGACCUCGAUCACCACAUCGUGCUGGCUCCCCAGAUCCUACUUCGCCACUCCCAAGUCCUGUUCCGUGGACCUCGACAACCGCACCAGGUCCUUUCUCGUCGGGCAGCCAUCUUCCAACAUAUUUUCCACCUCCACCUCUACAAUAUACCAUAUCAGGAGGAGUACGACAUCCAGUUCGGCCCAAGCCACCCCGUCAAGGAGAAAUAUUUUAUACCCGGUUUGUGCAGAGCGUAGGACAGUAUCUAGCAUUUCGUGUAGCUUCUCUUUCACCUAAACCCGUUACCUAUAAUGGCCCUACCACCUUACUCCACGCUCCGAAACACAAUGCAUCACCAUCGCUGUCGUCAAUUUCCUCUUUACCCGCACAUCUUUCACCUGUUUCCAUUACGUCCGUCACACCACCAACUCCUGGUCCCGAGCCCGAAGAUACACUGGCCAUGUCAGACCUACAGUUAUUGCACAGAUGGAUGAACAAUCCUCGAGUGAACAAAUUCUGGGGCUGUAGUGGACCCCAACAUAUCCAGGAAGACUUCCUGAAAGCAGGUCUCACCUCCAACCACUCCUUCCCCGUCAUCGGACUCUGGGACGGCAAACCAUUUGGAUAUUUCGAAAUAUAUUGGAUCAAAGAAGAUCCUCUUGGCAUCUACCUCGGAGGUGAAGCUGGCGACUAUGAUCGUGGAUUCCACGUUUUAAUCGGUGAAGAGGAAUAUCGUGGUAAACAUCGCGUCGAUACCUGGUCCACGUCGAUCGCGCAUUGGUGUUUUGUGCAAGACUACAGGACGAACGCUGUCGUGCUGGAGCCUAGAGUUGAUAAUGAAAAGUAA